AUGGGCUCAACAGAGAAAAAGCAGCUUAUCAUAAAUGCCUUCGCGAUGCAUAGCCCGUCCCAUCUGAACCCAGGACUUUUUCGUCACCCCACAGACAAAGGCGCAGACUACAAAAACAUCAAGCAUUGGAUGGCCCUAGCCCAAAAGCUUGAGAAAGCCAAAUUCCAUGCCAUCUUCUUCGCCGAUGUCCUAGGUGGUUACGAUGUAUACCGCGGACCUGCAAACCUGGACCCAACUAUCCCUGCUGGCGCCCAGUUCCCCAUUAACGACCCCUUGUACAGCAUUCCCGCCAUGGCAGCCGUGACAGAGAGCAUUGGAUUCGGAGUAACGGCAUCAACAACAUAUGACGCACCAUAUGCGCUGGCACGCCGCUUCUCAACAGUCGAUCAUCUGAGCAAUGGCCGUGUUGGCUGGAACAUUGUUACAUCAUACCUGGACUCAGCGGCGAAAAACUUCGGUCUGGAUACCCAGGUUGAGCAUGACGAGCGGUACCGCAUCGCGGAUGAGUACCUGGAUGUCACCUACAAGCUCUGGGAAGCGUCCUGGAGAGAUGACGUGGUGGAGUGGAGUCAGGGUGAUGCAACACCGGAUGGACCCGCCGAGGGUCUACGGUAUGCGGAUCCACGUGGUGUUCGACAGAUCAAUCACAAGGGCAAAUACUUCCAAGUCCCGGGUCCUCAUCUCUGUGAGCCGAGUCCCCAGCGUACGCCAUUCUUAUUGCAGGCUGGAACUUCGUCUGCUGGCAAGGCGUUCGCGGCGAAGCAUGCUGAAGCCGUAUUCCUUCAUGCGCAGAAGCCGGAGCUUGUGCGUCCCUCUGUCGACAGUAUUCGGCAACAGGCUGCUGAUCUGGGACGGAAUCCGAGUGAUAUUAAGAUUAUCGCGGGGGCUCUGGUUAUUGUUGCUGAGACAGACGAGGCUGCACAGGCCAAGUUUGAUGCGUUCAAGAAGUAUGGAGAUACCGAGGGUGCUCUGGCCUUGUUUGGUGGUUGGACGGGCUAUGAUCUCUCGACAUAUACUGAUGAUCAAGACUUCCGGUUCGUGGAGCAGCCGGCAGUGCGGAGCAUGGUGAAUCACUGGGCAAGCACAGUGCCUGGGACAGAGGGUAAGAAGUGGGACAAGAGGACUAUUGCGGAGUACCUCGUUUUGGGAGGCAAUGGAGUCAAGAUUAUUGGUAGUGUGAAGACUGUGGCGGAUGAGCUCGAGCGCUGGGUAAAUGUUGGAGAUGUCGAUGGCUUUAAUCUGAGCUAUGCCAGCCUUGAUGAGACAUUCGAUGACAUUAUCAACCUUCUGCUUCCUGAGCUGCAACAGCGCGGUCUGUUCUGGUCAGACUAUGCUGUGAAGGGUGGGACAUUCCGGGAGAACAUGUAUGGGCAGAAGGGCCAGUCGAGACUUCCUGAUGCUCAUCAUGGAGCGAAGUUCUUUUGGAAGCAGGGCGAAGAGGUACCUCCCUACUCAUUGGAGGAUUCACAAUGA